UUGUUUUUCCCAUUGAUUCUUGAGGGGAGAUCAACAGAUGUUACCAAUCAACACACCAUCAUAGUUCUGGUAGGAGGAACAGGGGACUUGGCUACAAAGUAUCUUUGGCAAGGAAUAUUUAAUGUAUAUAAUGCUGCUUUAGACAGAGUUCAUUUGAGUGACCCUAUGGGGGAAAAUGUCCCAGCCAUUGCAAAUUUAACAUUUGAUUUCUUCACUGCAGCACGUCAAGGGCAAGAAGAAGGAAAUAUAGUUUUGAAUAGAAUUCUUAACAAUAAUCUCACAUGUGAUGAAGAGAGUGGAGAAGAUAAAGAUAAGUUACUUGCUGCUCUUUGCAAACAGCAUAAAUUGGAAUUCUUGAGGAAAGUUAUUUAUGCACCUCUGCGAAAUGAAGAAAACUUCAUUGGAUUAUGUUCCCAAAUAAUCAAUAAAUUUUCUCUCACUGAUCCUGGAACUAAAAAGGAGAUUUUAUUUUAUAUGGCAAUUGCACCAUCUGCUUAUGAAUCAGUUCUGCAAAACUUGAAUAAACAUUGCCAUGCACUUCGUGAGGAGAAAGUCGCCAUUAAAGUUGCUCUAGAGAAACCAUUUGGCCUGGACAAAGCUGAUGCUGAAUCAAUGUCCAAAAAAAUAUUAAAUCUGUACAGUGAGGAGGAAAUCUAUAGAGUUGACCACUUUCUUGGUAAACCCGUGGUAAAAGCUAUUCUUCCAUUCAGGUACUUUCUGUUUAUCAACUACUCAUUUAAGACGUAAUAAUUUAUUUUUUUUACAUGUUAUGUCCAUUUAGACCAGAUACUUUAAGUUGAUAAAGUUUUAUGCUAACUCUGUAAGAAUUAUUUAAUAGCCCUUCUAUUUCUUAGCUGCUAUUCCUGCAUCAUCAAUUUAAUAGGGGUGUGCCGGAAUCCGGUUCCGCCGGAUUUUGCACUAUCCGGUGAAAUCCGGCACAUGUAUCCGGAACAACCGGAAUCCGGAAUAUACCGGAUUUCGGAAUUUGCCAGAUUUUGUGACUCACCGGAUCAUAAUCUGAAAUAAAAGUAAUUCUCUUUCCCGAAUUCCACACGAUCACGAUACAUUAAUCGAUUGUUUCGAGCGUUGAGCUUGUUUAAUGUUUAAUAUUCCGUACAUACCAGAGGCUAGAGUCAGCACCGCUAAUAGUGGCCAAUAGUGUAGGGACUUUGAUAAGAAAAUUUAAACUUUUUGUAAAAAUAAACCAAUGGCAUAGUUGAAAAGAUGUAAUUUUUUAAAGAAUUAUAACACCAAAAUCAUAUUUUUAGCUGUUGUAGUUUUAAAGUUAUGAAUUUUUAAAGUACGACUUGGUUUGUCAUUUUUUAACAUGGACUGCAUCUCCACAUUCUGUGAUCUCAUUCCACCAAUCCCGUCAUGCGCAAUGACUAUAUAGUUUAUAUAAGGCAACGCAUUCCCUGCCUUAUCACUAAAAUACUGUUUAGACUUAGUUUAAACUUUCAACUUUGGCACAUGAAUAAUUAAUUAAAGCUUUCCCUGACCAAUGGUUUAAUAGUUUUUGCACACGGCAAACUCUUAUGAAUGAAACUCUGAGGUAGUACUACGAUACAGUUAUGCAAGUGGCUGUGAAUGGUUGCCAAUGACAACGUGUUGCACACGGUAAAUUCUGAUCAUUUAUAAUAUGGAUUCUACCGGGUUGUUAAAGCUCAAAUUAAAACAUUCCAGUUUAAAUGUCUUUAAAUGCAUUCUGAAACACAAGUUAUCAAUUAUUUUGAUGUAAAUAGUGAUAAUAAAUUAAUAUUUCCUAAGUAUCGUCAACUUCCGCCAAUUAAAAGGGGGGCGUGGCCAACCCCAUGGCGAAAUUAGGUUGAGCGAGCUGCAUGACCUGCUGCGAACGCGUAGAAACAUGGCGUCUCUCGUAAGACACUUAUCCAAAUGGAACGGAACUCAAAUAUAUAUCGAAAGUACUAAUUUAAUAAUAAAUAGACACACACAUCGGAAAAUUAAAAACUCGGAUUUUUUGGCGCCGAUUGCGAAUUCCCAUACACAAAAAGUAGUAGUCCACCUUGACUUACCGAAGUAUCUACCAAUAGUACCAAAAUCAGGAAUCCGGGAGAAACCGGAAUCCGGAUUAUUCCAGAAUCCGGAUUAUUCCGGAAUCCGGAUUAUUCCGGAAUCCGGAUCCGGCGGAUUUGGCAUAAGAAAAUCUGGAUCCGGUUGGAAAAAACGGAUCCGGCACACCCCUACAAUUUAAUCAUAAGUUUGAAAUACGCCACUGUAAUAUUUUUUUAUUUCACAUUUAGCGUACAAAUUUUAAUUUUAAACAAAUAAAUUGUAUCACUAGUGUCUUGUUUACAGAUUUCUAAAUCCUGAAAUUGAAAAAGUUCUAGAUAAGGAUCACAUUGAAAAAGUGGAAAUUUUCCUCAAAGAAACUAUAUCAGUAGAAGGUAAGAGGGUUGGACUGCGAUGAAACUAAAGCAGUAGAAAAUAAGCAUCAGACUAAAUAAUAUUUUUAUUUUUCUAAGUUCAUAAUGUAGUUUGGAUUGAAGGUACACAUCUUAGAUGUUUGUGAAACCAUAAAAAAAUGCACACUUUUCUCAAGAACCAUUUUAGAGGGACUGUUUCUAGUAAUUUACCAUAACACAAUUUUACAAAUUUAGUCUAAUUAGGGAUACAUUUUUGACUAGUUCAUUUAUAUUGUUCAUAGCAAUAACAGUAAUAAUUAGAUAAGCUUGUGGUUUUAUAGUGUAUAUUGUAUAUUUUUCUUAUUCAUACAAAGUUUUGAUUUAUCACAGAUCGAGUUCACCUUUAUAACUCUCUUGGAGUACUGCGAGAUAUUCACCAGAACCACUUGACUCAACUGCUGGCUCUUGUUGCUAUGGAUCUACCCCCUGACCUCAGAGACAGCUCCAAAGUCCAGGAGAACAAAGAGAGACUGCUCCAUCAGAUAGAGAUGGUCAGACGUCACAACUCACUGUUUGGUCAGUUCUCAGAAUACGCUUCCCUUGUUCAGAAACUGGAAUCAAACAGCACUGCUUCUGACAACGUUCCCACUUUCGCUGCCUCUGUGGUGAAGAUCAAUUCUCCGAGAUGGCGGAAUGUUCCCUUCAUUCUUGUGUCCGGCAAGCUCCUCGACACAAGAGAGAGUUUCAUCAGGAUUGUCUUUAAGAACAACUAUGUUUGCAUCUCACAUUGUGAAAACGAAGAAUCAUCUGAUGAGCGCAAGUACACAAAACAACUGGUUUUCCAUAUAGGGCAUGGACAUUUAAGGAGACCUUCAAUUUUAGCAUCCAAGUCUUUGCAAGAACCAGAAUGUCCCAAUAAUUUCUUAAAAUCAACAGACCCAAGACUUUUUGGAAGGUCUGUGAUUUACGGGGAGAACCCCAAGCAUUUUUACCCAUGUACUGUUGUUAGAGAUGUUCCGGCGUAUGAAUCAAUCAUUUCAAACAUCCUGGGUGGCAAACAAGACAAUUUUGUUAGCACAAAGCUUUUGAUCCUUUCCUGGAAAGUCUGGGAUUACCUUGUCAGUGCACCCAAGAAAAUCAGAAUUUAUGAAAAGGCUGAUCCCAAUGGUCAGCUCAACUUUGUUGUCAAGGAAAGUCAGUUGGAAUAUAUCCACACCGAUGAGGAUGCAGAAGAAUCAUUGUCCAACAAGUCGGUGGUCACCCACAGUGAAGUCAUGCAGGACUACAUACAAACGCCAGCAAGCUUUCUUGGUCGUAAACUCGUGACCAGCCACACUGAUCACUUGGCUUUUCUGCUGGCUAGGGAUAUUGACCGGAUGGCAGAGAUCGAAAUCCUUAACAAAGGUUCCUUCCACAUAGCAUUCUCUGGGGGCACAUCUCUUGUGCAAGUGUUCAGAAUGCUGGCACAGUCGUUUGCGAAUCUCCAUUGGCAUUCUGUUCAUGUAUGGCAGGUUGAUGAAAGGUGUGUCCCCCAUCAAGACGAACGCUCAAAUUUCCAAACCCUUGACAGGGAGCUUCUGAGGUUUGUGGAUAUUCCCUACUCCAACAUUCACGCCAUGCCAGUUUAUAUCGGUGGUCGGCUGUGUGAUGAAGAGCUGGGCGGUGCUCACGCUUACGCAGACUCACUGCGUCACAUUGUUCCCAAUUCACAACUAGAUUUCAUAGUACUGGGUCUUGGGGCAGACGGUCACACUGCAUCUUUGUUCCCUUCCAGCUCGGAUGUGCACGUGGACAGCAAUACUUUUGUGGUCACCACCACUGACGGCCCGUCUGACACCAGCCAUAGGAUGACCUUGACACUGCCCCUGAUCAACAGAGCCAAGCGUGUCGGCAUCUUUGUGACGGGGAAACACAAGCGGGAUAUUGUCAACCAGCUGGAGUCAUCUAAAUCUGUCGACACGUACCCUAUCCUAGGUGUGAACCCAAUUAACGGGACAGUGAUUUGGUACAUGGACUACAAUGCUUAUACUGGAGGGGUCAAUGUUCUUUAGCAUCGGGCGGAUGUGGAUGUUAUUAAUUUAUUUUCAUGGAUAUGAACUGUUUGUUUUUUGUUUUGGUUUUAUUUUGUUGUUGGAUAUGCUAAAUAUACCAAUAGUUUUUGUUUAUAAGCUGCGUUUACAGAGCCAUAGUGCUGUGGAAUGGAGGGUUCAUGCUAUUACAUAGGGG